UCGUGGCCAUGAAUGUGGAAGUUGAUUCUCUCAAUUUCAUCUGAAUGCUGAGUUUCUUCCAAUUUUUCAUCUUUUUUUUGUUCUUCUGAGCUCUGAAUAUGGGAAACACAGAUAAAAAACUCAUGCAUCGAUUUUGUUUCGCAUUAUUGAUUGCGCAAUGAUUAAUAAUUUCUUUAUUACCUCUGAUUGUUGAGUAGGUGCAUGAUCUCUUAUAUAAAAAUUCAUAGAUGCUCUAUAUUUUUCUUUCUUACUACUCCAACUUUGAGGAGUUGCAUCAGUUACCAGACGAUUUUUCAUCAAUUUUUCAUCCAUGAUUUUUUUAUGACAGCUGUAAAUAUUAUGUUUUUGAAUGGUUGGAGGCUUAAGAAAAGUCGAGGGAACCUUUGGCCAUUUUAUGUUAUUGCUUCGUAGUACAGCCCUUGGCCUCCCAUUAAUAUUGUUAUAAAUUACACGUUCACUUUCCUCAGAUAUAGUACUGAUAGAUGGUACAAUAUUCACUAAUCCUUUGUUGCUAGAUUCCAAAGAAAUCUCCUUCAAUUUUGCUCCUUGAAUUUGAGUAUUCAUCAUCAAUACAAUACUGAAGAAACACUAAAAAAAGAAGGAAUAUUCAAUGUAUUUUCAGAAAAAUUUCAAUGCAAGAUUUUUUUGUUGAGAAAGCUCACAAAAUAAUCGAUGCACAUCUUGGUAGUCUCUCUUUCAUCAAUAUACAUACAAAUGAGCCUACAAAGACAUUUGAUACGCUUCGAUUGCGGUUGGAUUGCUUUCUACUCCCUCCCGCGAGGACCACGUUUUACUCUAUUCUAUUCUUACUUAAUGCAUGCUUCUCUUUUGUUAACAAAAAAAUCAUUUGUGACGAAAUAAAAUGGCCCUAUUUUCAGUGAAUUUAUUGAUUUCUCCAGAUUAAUUUGUUUCGAACCGAUUAAAUUUUUUAUUUGUAAAAUAGCCCAUUUGUUUUUAUGAGGUUCACUCACUUUUCUAUUUUCUUAUAUAAAUUUCUGACUGUACAGAAGUAAAAAAAAUUAUUCAGUUAUAACACAAUAGAUAGAUCAUUAUUAAAUAUUUGGAAAUUGACUCAUCAUAGUUUACCCAACUUUACUACUGAAAUAAUUUGACAAUGCAAGAGUGAAUAAAAUCUAUUGUCUCCGGUCGCCGGAACGGUCGACAUCAAGGAAACAGUAAUUACUCGAGAAAAUUUGUUCACAAAUGUCACUUUAGCCAUUAAUAAAAAUGACGUUGACUAGUUAGAGCUUCCUUUCAGUAAUCAUUCUCUGAUUAUUCAAUUUUUUUUCAAUACCGUAUAUAAGAUGAUUGUCUAAUGAAAUUCUUUCAUUUUUUUCUGUUUUUUUUUUCUUUUGCAAAAAUGAAUAUUGUAACAAUUCGGAUUAUCUUGAUAUUUGUUAUAGUACAUUAUACCCAGUCAUUGCGAUGUAGUUCGGGGAAUCAACGCUUGAAUGAUAAUUAUCAAAAAAUAAUGCAGACCUGUAGACGGCGUUACAAUGCCUCCAGAGGUGAGGAGAAUAAUUUCUCAACUGAUGACUCGAAUAACUCAGAAGGUGAUUCUUCUUCAUCUGAUGGAUCACUAUUUGGACAUGAUUUCUUGUCUGGGACGAAAAAAACCCAUGGGGAAUCCUACCUCAAUUACAGGAAUGGGAGAAAAGCAAGUUCCAAGGAUGUAAUGCAACGGCAGAAUAAUUCCAGAAAUUUCAACGAUGGCGAUGAACAAUUCUGCAAAUCUCAUUGUUUUUUUGAUGAGUUGAACGUGGUGGAUCGACGAGGAUAUCCGGAGAGGGUGGCGGUCACAAGAGUAAUGACACAGGGUAUUCAAAAUCCAGCACUUCGUGAUUUUAUAGAGGAAUCAAUACUGGAAUGUUUUCAUCUUAUGCCGUCAAUCAUUAGUUGUGACAAAUGUGCCUUCUCACAAAAUCUUGUCAAUUGUUUAACUGACAAAGGAAAAAAGGAAUGCGAAGAUUGGAACGACUAAACCUUCUCACAUAAUAUUCAUUUGUCAAUUAUUACUCUCGAUAUUCAAUUUCAAUUCUAAAUAUAAAAACAAUUUGAUAGAUAUUGAAUAUUUUAAUACUAACUAAUAACAAUAAUAAUAAUAAUAAUAAUAUUUGUUGCUAGUAAAAAUAAAAUAUGUACUGGAAUAGCAUCUAUUGAUAAACAUAUUUUUGGACAUUAAAAAUUGGUUAUUUUACUGCAAAGGCA